AUGGCACAGUCAGUGCUGGUACCGCCAGGACCUGACAGCUUCCGAUUCUUUACCAGGGAAUCCCUUGCUGCUAUUGAACAACGCAUUGCAGAAGAGAAAGCUCAGAGACCCAAACAGGAGCGCAAGGAUGAGGACGAUGAAAAUGGCCCAAAGCCAAAUAGUGACUUGGAAGCAGGAAAAUCUCUUCCAUUUAUUUAUGGAGACAUUCCUCCAGAGAUGGUAUCAGUGCCCCUGGAGGACCUGGACCCCUAUUAUAUCAAUAAGAAAACGUUUAUAGUAUUGAAUAAAGGGAAAGCAAUCUCUCGAUUCAGUGCCACCCCUGCCCUGUACAUUUUAACUCCCUUCAACCCUAUUAGAAAAAUAGCUAUUAAGAUUUUGGUACAUUCUUUAUUCAAUGUGCUCAUUAUGUGCACUAUUCUCACCAACUGUGUAUUUAUGACCAUGAGUAACCCUCCAGACUGGACAAAGAAUGUGGAGUACACCUUUACAGGAAUUUAUACUUUUGAAUCACUUAUUAAAAUACUUGCAAGGGGCUUUUGUUUAGAAGAUUUCACAUUUCUUCGGGAUCCAUGGAAUUGGCUGGAUUUCACAGUCAUUACAUUUGCGUAUGUAACAGAAUUUGUAAACCUAGGCAAUGUUUCAGCUCUUCGAACUUUCAGAGUCUUGAGAGCUUUGAAAACUAUUUCUGUAAUUCCAGGCCUGAAGACCAUUGUGGGGGCCCUGAUCCAGUCGGUGAAGAAGCUCUCUGACGUCAUGAUCCUGACUGUGUUCUGUCUGAGCGUGUUUGCGCUGAUUGGGCUGCAGCUGUUUAUGGGCAACCUGAGGAAUAAAUGCCUGCAGUGGCCCCCAGAUAAUUCUUCCUUUGAAAUCAAUAUCACUACCUUCUUUAAUAACUCAUUGGAUGGGAACGGUACCAUGUUCAAUAGGACAAUGAGCAUGUUUAACUGGGAUGAGUACAUUGAGGAUAAAACUAGCAGACUUGCAGUUACUGACUUCCUUUCUCCCCUUUAACCUAAUUACAGCCAGUGUCCCGAAGGCUACAUCUGUGUAAAGGCCGGUAGAAACCCCAACUACGGCUAUACCAGCUUUGACACCUUUAGUUGGGCCUUUCUGUCCUUAUUUCGUCUCAUGACUCAAGACUUCUGGGAAAACCUCUACCAACUGACACUACGCGCUGCUGGGAAAACAUACAUGAUAUUUUUCGUGCUGGUCAUUUUCUUGGGCUCAUUCUACCUAAUAAAUCUGAUCCUGGCUGUGGUGGCCAUGGCCUAUGAGGAGCAGAACCAGGCAACACUGGAAGAGGCUGAACAGAAAGAGGCUGAAUUUCAGCAGAUGCUUGAACAGUUAAAAAAGCAACAGGAAGAAGCUCAGAGAAGAAAGAAAAAGAAACAGAAAGAGCAGUCUGGUGAGGAAGAGAAGGAUGAGAAAGUCAGAAAGUCGGAGUCUGAAGACAGCAUCCGGAGGAAAGGCUUCCGUUUCUCCUUGGAGGGAAGCAGGCUGACAUAUGAAAAGAGAUUUUCUUCUCCACACCAGUCUUUACUGAGCAUCCGUGGCUCCCUUUUCUCUCCAAGACGCAACAGUAGGGCCAGCCUUUUCAGCUUCAGAGGUCGAACAAAGGACGUUGGCUCGGAGAAUGACUUUGCAGACGAUGAGCACAGCACCUUUGAGGACAACGACAGUCGAAGGGACUCUCUGUUUGUGCCGCACAGGCACGGAGAGCGGCGCCACAGCAACGUCAGCCAGGCCAGCCGCGCCUCCCGGGUGCUGCCCAUUCUGCCCAUGAACGGGAAGAUGCACAGCGCUGUGGACUGCAAUGGCGUGGUCUCCCUGGUCGGGGGCCCUUCUGCCCUCACCUCUCCUGCUGGGCAGCUCUUGCCAGAGGGCACCACUACUGAAACAGAAAUAAGAAAGAGACGGUCCAGUUCUUAUCAUGUUUCCAUGGAUUUGCUGGAAGAUCCCACAUCAAGGCAAAGAGCAAUGAGUAUGGCCAGUAUUUUGACCAACACCAUGGAAGAACUUGAAGAAUCCAGACAGAAAUGCCCACCCUGCUGGUAUAAAUUUGCUAACAUGUGUUUGAUCUGGGACUGUUGUAAACCAUGGUUAAAGGUGAAACACCUCGUCAACCUGGUUGUGAUGGACCCCUUUGUGGACCUGGCCAUCACCAUCUGCAUUGUCUUAAAUACACUCUUCAUGGCCAUGGAGCAUUAUCCCAUGACGGAGCAGUUCAGUAAUGUGCUAUCUGUUGGAAACCUGGUUUUCACUGGGAUCUUCACAGCAGAAAUGUUUCUCAAGAUAAUUGCCAUGGAUCCAUAUUACUACUUUCAAGAAGGCUGGAAUAUUUUUGAUGGUUUUAUUGUGAGCCUCAGUUUAAUGGAACUUGGUUUGGCAAACGUGGAAGGAUUGUCAGUUCUUCGAUCAUUCCGGCUGCUCCGAGUUUUCAAGUUGGCAAAAUCUUGGCCAACUCUGAAUAUGUUAAUAAAGAUCAUUGGCAAUUCAGUGGGGGCUUUGGGUAACCUCACGCUGGUGUUGGCCAUCAUCGUCUUUAUUUUUGCCGUGGUUGGCAUGCAGCUCUUUGGUAAAAGCUACAAAGAAUGUGUCUGCAAGAUCUCCAGUGACUGUGAGCUCCCGCGCUGGCACAUGCACGACUUCUUCCACUCCUUCCUGAUUGUGUUCCGCGUGCUGUGUGGAGAGUGGAUAGAGACCAUGUGGGACUGCAUGGAGGUCGCUGGCCAAACCAUGUGCCUUACUGUCUUCAUGAUGGUCAUGGUCAUUGGAAACCUAGUGGUUCUGAAUCUCUUCUUGGCCUUGCUUUUGAGUUCCUUCAGUUCUGACAAUCUCGCUGCCACUGAUGAUGAUAAUGAAAUGAACAAUCUCCAGAUUGCUGUGGGAAGGAUGCAGAAGGGAAUCGAUUUUGUUAAAAGAAAAUUACGGGAAUUUAUUCAGAAAGCCUUUGUUCGAAAACAGAAAGCUUUAGAUGAAAUUAAACCUCUUGAAGAUCUAAAUAACAAGAAGGACAGCUGUAUUUCCAACCAUACCACCAUAGAAAUUGGCAAAGACCUCAAUUAUCUCAAAGAUGGAAAUGGAACUACUAGUGGCAUAGGCAGCAGUGUAGAAAAGUACGUCGUGGAUGAAAGCGAUUACAUGUCGUUUAUAAACAACCCCAGCCUCACUGUGACGGUACCGAUUGCUGUUGGAGAAUCUGACUUUGAAAACUUAAAUACUGAAGAAUUCAGCAGUGAGUCAGAUAUGGAAGAAAGCAAAGAGAAGCUAAAUGCAACUAGUUCAUCUGAAGGCAGCACAGUUGAUAUAGGAGCUCCCGCGGAGGGAGAGCAACCCGAGGUGGAACCUGAGGAAUCCCUGGAACCUGAAGCCUGUUUUACAGAAGACUGUGUACGGAAGUUCAAGUGUUGUCAGAUAAGCAUAGAGGAAGGCAAAGGGAAACUCUGGUGGAAUUUGAGGAAAACUUGCUAUAAAAUAGUGGAGCACAACUGGUUUGAAACCUUCAUCGUUUUCAUGAUUCUGCUGAGCAGCGGUGCUCUGGCAUUUGAAGAUAUAUAUAUCGAGCAGAGAAAAACCAUUAAGACCAUGUUGGAAUAUGCUGACAAGGUUUUCACUUACAUAUUCAUCCUGGAAAUGCUACUCAAGUGGGUUGCGUAUGGUUUUCAGAUGUAUUUUACCAAUGCCUGGUGCUGGUUAGACUUCCUGAUUGUUGAUGUCUCAUUGGUUAGCUUAACUGCAAAUGCCUUGGGUUACUCAGAACUUGGUGCCAUCAAAUCCCUCAGAACACUAAGGGCUCUGAGGCCCCUGAGAGCCUUAUCCAGGUUUGAAGGAAUGAGGGUUGUUGUAAAUGCUCUUUUAGGAGCCAUCCCAUCCAUAAUGAAUGUACUUCUGGUUUGUCUGAUCUUUUGGCUGAUAUUCAGUAUCAUGGGAGUGAAUCUCUUCGCUGGCAAGUUUUACCAUUGUAUUAACUAUACUACUGGAGAGAUGUUUGAUGUAAGCGUAGUCAACAACUAUAGUGAAUGCAAAGCCCUCAUCGAGAGCAAUCAGACUGCCAGGUGGAAAAAUGUGAAAGUAAAUUUUGAUAAUGUGGGCCUUGGAUAUCUUUCUCUGCUUCAAGUAGCCACAUUUAAAGGAUGGAUGGAUAUCAUGUAUGCAGCUGUUGACUCACGAAAUGUCGAAUUACAGCCCAAGUAUGAAGACAAUCUGUACAUGUAUCUUUAUUUUGUCAUCUUUAUCAUUUUUGGUUCAUUCUUUACUUUGAAUCUUUUCAUUGGUGUCAUCAUAGAUAACUUCAACCAACAGAAAAAGAAGUUUGGAGGUCAAGACAUUUUUAUGACAGAAGAACAGAAGAAAUACUACAAUGCAAUGAAAAAACUGGGGUCAAAGAAACCACAAAAACCCAUACCUCGACCUGCUAACAAAUUCCAAGGAAUGGUUUUUGAUUUUGUAACCAAACAAGUCUUUGAUAUCAGCAUCAUGAUCCUCAUCUGUCUCAACAUGGUCACCAUGAUGGUGGAAACGGAUGACCAGAGCCAAGAAAUGACGAACAUUCUGUACUGGAUUAAUCUGGUGUUCAUCGUCCUCUUCACGGGAGAAUGUGUGCUGAAACUGAUCUCCCUUCGUUAUUACUAUUUUACCAUUGGAUGGAAUAUUUUUGAUUUUGUAGUGGUCAUUCUCUCCAUUGUAGGUAUGUUUCUGGCUGAGUUGAUAGAAAAAUAUUUUGUGUCCCCCACCCUGUUCCGUGUGAUCCGUCUUGCCAGGAUUGGCCGAAUCCUCCGUCUGAUCAAAGGAGCAAAGGGGAUCCGCACGCUGCUCUUUGCUUUGAUGAUGUCGCUCCCUGCCCUGUUCAACAUCGGCCUCCUGCUCUUCCUGGUCAUGUUCAUCUACGCCAUCUUUGGAAUGUCCAACUUCGCCUAUGUUAAGAGGGAGGUUGGAAUUGAUGACAUGUUCAACUUCGAGACCUUUGGCAACAGCAUGAUCUGCCUUUUCCAAAUUACCACCUCUGCUGGCUGGGAUGGAUUGCUAGCCCCUAUUCUCAACAGUGGACCUCCAGACUGUGACCCUGAAAAAGAUCACCCCGGAAGCUCAGUGAAGGGGGACUGCGGGAACCCAUCUGUUGGGAUUUUCUUCUUUGUCAGUUACAUCAUCAUAUCAUUUCUGGUGGUGGUGAACAUGUACAUCGCCGUCAUCCUGGAGAACUUCAGUGUUGCCACUGAAGAAAGUGCAGAGCCCCUGAGUGAGGAUGACUUUGAGAUGUUCUACGAGGUCUGGGAGAAGUUCGAUCCUGAUGCAACCCAGUUCAUAGAGUUCUCCAAGCUCUCUGAUUUUGCAGAUGCCCUGGAUCCUCCUCUUCUCAUAGCAAAACCAAACAAAGUCCAGCUCAUUGCCAUGGAUCUGCCCAUGGUCAGUGGCGACCGGAUCCACUGCCUCGACAUUUUAUUUGCUUUCACAAAGCGUGUUUUGGGUGAGAGUGGAGAGAUGGAUGCCCUUCGAAUACAGAUGGAAGAGCGAUUCAUGGCAUCGAACCCCUCCAAAGUCUCUUACGAGCCCAUUACAACCACGUUGAAACGCAAACAAGAGGAAGUGUCUGCUAUCAUCAUCCAGAGGGCUUACAGACGCUACCUCUUGAAGCAAAAAGUUAAAAAAGUUUCAAGCAUAUAUAAGAAAGACAAAGGCAAAGAAUGUGAUGGGACACCUAUCAAAGAAGAUCCCCUCAUUGAUAAACUAAAUGAAAAUUCAACUCCAGAGAAAACCGAUAUGACACCUUCCACCACUUCUCCACCUUCCUAUGAUAGCGUGACCAAACCGGAAAAAGAAAAAUUUGAAAAAGACAAAUCAGAAAAGGAAGACAAAGGGAAAGAUAUCAGGGAAAGUAAAAAGUAG